AUGGUAAUGGACGCCGUUCUUGCCGUGUCGGCAUUCCAUCUUUCGGGCAGGCUGUUGAACCGCAAGGACCUGGCUGAUCGAAGUGAUGAGCCCAAACAGCUCGUCGUUCUGGCCAUUGUUGUGCUUCUGGUUUCUGUCAUGGUCAAUGGUAUGCCGGACUUUCCUAUUGUCUUCCAAAUGCUGGAGUCCGCCGUAACGGCUAUUGGAGGUGAUGCGGCCCUCACAGAUGGAGGAGAGAUGGGCAAUUUUCUUUUGAGGCAGAUUCGCAAGUAA